CAAAAAUGGCGCCGCCUUUACGUUAAGGCGCUUCAUUCGACGUUCGCGUGAUGACGCCAUCGCGCACCAGUGGCAAGCUCCAGCCACGGCACUGAUGUACUGUAACUUCUUUGAUGCUUGCCUGAUGACUGUUGGACAGGUAUUUCCUUGGGUUAUUUUCGCAUUGCUCGGACUGUGAGUGAGGUCACCGGGCGGCCUCUCGUCCCGUCCGACGGGCCGAGGACACAGCGGGAAGGUGAGGCGGGCUGAACUUCUCUUGUUAUCUUGACUUGUUAACCUGCUUUUAUGGCCCUCCCUUUCAACGGCAUGGUUUCCCCCAAGAAAUACAAAAAACCUGCGAGGUGGGCUGUACCAAACUGACAUCAUUAAGGGGUGAAAGUGGCUUUGUGCAAACUGUAUACAGAGAGGCCCUCCUAUUCCUUAUUGACAUUGCUGCCCUUUAUAAGGAAGUACGUGUCAUGCCUGGUGCAACUGUGUCUCCAACUUUGUGUUUUGUGUGGGUGAUAUCUCCUUCCCCUUACUCCUGGCAAUGGGGUGUCAUAUCCAGAUAAAGCAAUGAUGGCUAACCUUUAGGCUGGCUGAGCAUUGUUGGGAGUGUAGUUCAUAUAAACUAGGGUUCUCCAUAACAGGGUCAGGACAUGGUUACACACACACCAGUCACAGUGUAUUCAGCCUGUAUUUGCCUUAAAUUCUUUUCCCCCAGAAAUUGCAAUUGAUGUAAACAGACACAAAAAAAACCCACUCCUAGUUUGUUCCCAAAUAAUACUUAAUAUUGAAAGAGAGAGGUCACACUGAAUGAUUUGUGCUACAAUAAUUGUAUAUUCGUGUAAAUAAAUAUAAUGUAGUAAUCAUCAUAAUCCUAAAACAAUCUAGUCUGCUUUUUUUUUUUAUUUUUUUUUACUUCUAGUAUAUGUGUAGUGUGUUGGUAGUUAAUACCCUUCACUAGGCACAUGAAUACAUUUACAUAUACACGAAUACACUCAUAAGUUUCACAGGAUGUGUAUUUAGUAUAUAGACAAUGAUUCCUUUGAAAGGUAUUAAGGGAAACUGUAAUAUGACUUUGGCGUUUUGGUAAGCAUAGACAAGUCUUAUCUGAUUUGUAAAUUAUGUGAAUUGUCACUGGAAGAGCGUUUUGGUUGAAUAUGUAGAAGUGCAGUGUAAAAAAAAAAAAAUGUAAUUUAUAUUAUGAUGUAUGAGUCCUUACAAAACAGAAUGCAGGUAAUUAACACCCAAAUUAGGUGUGAGCACGCAUUGUUUGGAAUGCUGUGAAAACAAAGUUGCAGCUCUGUGUUUUGUCAACAGUUGCAGUGUUUUGUUUUUUUUUAUUACUCAAAUUUACUGUUCCUCAUAAUGAUAGAGUUGUAAAACUUUACAUGUAUGAAAUCCGUGAGAAGAUUUGUGUAUUGGGCCUUAUUUCACAAUGAUAUAUACCUUCAGUACCAUGGUUCCAAAAUCCUCAGGUCUGUUAUGCCAUUGAUUUUGAAUGAGUUAAAUUUUGGGGGAUUUAUUGUCUUUAUGGGACUUGUGACAUCACCUGGACAUUAUGACCGUUGAAUAGUGCCACUGAUUGGUGUUUUGGAGUUGGGGGAUAAAGACCUGUUAGAAGCUGAUAGAAGUUACUUUUUAAAGGAACACUCCAAACACCAUAACCACUACAGCACACUAGUGGUUAUUCUGCCAGUUGAGCAAUGCCUUGUGAACUCGAUUGUUACAUAAUUGACUUUUUUCUUGGGGUUUGCUGAAUGCCUCUCUCUGCUUCUUCCCUUCUGGUACUGAGAGCCGAACGUUAAUGCUAAGAAUUAACAUUGGCUUUCUUUAGGUAAGCUUUUAAGUGUAGGCAAGCUCAUUGGCUGAAAGUGUCAACUGAUUCCCCUCAGUCAAUGGGUUAACCCUGUCUUGUAGACAGAGAGCUUCUGGCUCUUAUAGACAAGUCCCUGACAGACCUCUACAGACAUUCAAAAGUAUUUAUAACAAAACGCAAACCUUACAAUAACAUACCUCCCAACAUUGGGUGAAAGGAAUGCAGGAAGGUUUGGGGGCAGGCUAGCCAUAAAAAAGGCACGGUGUCAGGCUGGCAUAUGAGCACACUAGACUGACUGACUGACUGCUAUAGUGGCUAGUCACAAUCAGGGCUGCACGUGUGUAAAGCACACUCUCAUAGACUCAAUGCCCUGAGUUUACAUGGCCCAGCGUAAGCAUGUCUGAUAUAUUUACACUGAUCCUUCUGAGGACAAAUUUCUGUUUGGAUAAACGUAAAUAACUCCGGGGCGACAGAAUAUGAGCCCCAAAACAGAACCGUCCUGCUGAAUCCAGGACUGUUGGAAGGUAUUCAAAAAGAUAAGCAAAAAAAUACUAAUUUCCUGAAGUUAUCAAAACAGACGUGUGAAAACUCCAACUUUUGUCACCCACCUUGCAUCAAUAAUGUUUUAUAAAUUUUUUUUUUCUUCAUACCUAAAAUAUCAAUCCUUCGUGUUUUCCACAUAUUUAUUCACUCGUCUUCACCAACCACAUAUACACUUCUAUAUUCUUCAGUCUAUCAUCACUUCCAUUUCUCCAUCUAUAUUAACUGCCCAUUUGUAUUUUCACCCCUCUAUCUCCCUGAUGAAUGUCCUUCCCCAAGCAAAAAUUCAUACUGUUAUCUACCUUUCAUUCUUGCUUCAGCAGAGACUUACGUGUUUGUUUAUGGCUGGCUGCAGCAGGGUACAUCAAGUAUCCUAAUGUUGAUCUCUUGUGGCCUUAGGGUUCUGGCAAAGUUAUAGUAGUUGUACUUACCUUAGACCAGCUGAUUUUGACUAAUUUCAAUACACAAUCCACUAGAAGCAUGAAAUGAAAGCACGAAUUUUAUUGAAAUGACCACUUUGUAAUUAGUUGAAUGUGCUACAUUUGAUUUAGCAGGCAGUGGAACAGCAUUUGGAAUUUGGUGAAUGAACCACAAAACAUAAACCUAUGACAUACCAUUGCAUUACCUUCCCAUUUUGACCAAUGAUAAUGAUUGUAAAUUAAGUUAUUUCUUUACUAAUUAUGCAAAAAUUAUGUAAAGUGAACACACAAAAAAAUUAUAUAAAUAAAUAUAUUUCUGAAACCUGAUUUGUGCUACUACUGUACAAAACCCCAUAUUGUAUUCCACUACAUCAUCUUUUGCGUACAUACCAACAAUGUAUGCCUUUGCCACUAUUCUGUGAAACUCCAUAUAAGCAACCUAACGAUUUCAGUUUUUCCCAUUACAUUUUUUCCCAAAGUUUGUAUUAUUCAUUUUUAUUUUUGCAAUAUUAUAUGUCCAUUCAAUUGUGUAUUCUUUUUUUAAAUUUUUUUUUUUUUUUAAAUCACGUGUCCCAUUGAAAUAAAAUUAUUUUAUUGGUACUCAGUAACAUCUCCUGAGUACAGUACCACAUUUGUAUAACUUUGCAAAGUACCAGACUAAAUCCUUAAUCCUAUACCAAACCCAAAUCCCAAAUCUAACCCUAAUUCUAAUAGUAAACCCUUAAUCAUAAACCAUACCCUAAUUCUAUGCCUAGCCCAAAUUCAGCUGCAGUGUUGUCUAUAGGUUUAAAGGACUAUAUGCAAUGUUGACUUUUAGCACUGUAUGCAGCUCAUCAAAAAGUCUGGGACCACUAAAAAUAACCACAGCUGACACAGGGGAGGCCUCAGGUGUCUAUUCAUUUAAUCCUGUUCACACUGCAUUGUAACAAUGGGAAUUUAAUUGUACAUUUAAAUCCCUGAUUGGAGCGCUCGCUUGGAGAUCUGCAAACAGAUCAUAGUUUAGUCUGGGGACACUCAUUCUGGCCCAAGCUGAUAGAGGGGGGGCCUUCAGGUGUCAAAAGGUAACCGGGGUUCAUUGCUACCAUUUGCUUUUUCCAUAACGGUCUUUGCCAUCACUGGGCAUUAAAGCCCUGCAUUGUAUGAUGGCAUAGACAGUCAUGUGGUCCUUAAUAGGGAUCGACCGAUAUUGAUUUUAUUUAUUUAUAUUUUUUUUUUGAGCAGAUACCGAUAAUCUGUGAACUUUCAGGCCGAUAACUUGCCGAUAUUCUGUACAUUUACCAUUUUGAAAAAAUAAACUAUUUCUUAAGGUAAAUGCACAAAAUAUACAUGCUACAUGUAGUGUGUGUAUAGUGAAUGCAGGGUGUGUUUGUGUAGUGUGUAUAGUGAAUGCAGGGUCUGUGUGUAUAGUGAAUGCAGUGAGUGCUUGUGUAGUGUGUGUGUGUAUAGUGAAUGCUGUGAGUGCUUGUGCAGAGUGUUCGUGUGUGUAUAGUGUGUGCGUGUGUGUGUGUGUGUGUGUGUGUGUGUAUAUAUAUAUUUAUAUUGUGUGUGUGUGUAUAUAUAGUAUGUGUGUGUAUAGUGUGUGUGUAUAGUGUGUGUGUGUGUGUGUGUGUAUAUAUAGUGUAUAUAGUGUAGUAUGUGUGUGUGUGUGUGUGUGUGUGUGUAUGUGUAUAUAUAUAUAUAUAUAUAUAUGUGUGUGUGUGUGUGUGUGUAUUUUUUUUUAAGUAAAUGAAAAUGAUAGAUUUAACAGAAAAAAUCCACCUCAACUCAAUGAAUUGAGUUCAGUGAUUAGUGAAUGGCUAUUUGUACUAGAUGUAAUACGACGCUUAUUCGUUAUGAUGCCAAUGUAUAUGUCCGUGACUCACUGUAUCAAAUGUUAAAGUAAAAAAACAUGUAAAAAAAAAAAAUUAAAAUGCUAUGUAAAAGUAAACUUGGCCUUGGUGUUAUCAGCACUCGCAUGCAUAGAAACCCAGGAAAGACUGUCAGGGAAGUGCUCAGUGAACUGUUUAGCAGGGAGUUACAGUACAGAGCUCCUUUUCUGGGUGACAUUCACAUUCUGAAGAUAAAUAUUGUGGAAGCUUUUUUUUUUUUUUUAGUGUUUGCUAAUGUGUAUUUCAAGGAACACUCCAAAAACCAUAACCUCUACAGCUCACUGUAGUUAUUGUGUCAGGAGUGCUCCUCCUAGAGUAAGGAAUUAAACCUUUUAAACAAGUUUAACCCCUUAAGGACCAAACUUCUGUAAUAAAAGGGAAUCAUGACAUGUCAUGUGUCCUUAAGGGGUUAACAACUUACCUGAGUCCCAAUGGGUGACUGCUGCCACCUACCAUACUUUCAGAAGCUCUUGCAACUAAAGUUUUUCCUGGCUGUGUAGGCCCUCAUACAUUGACAGAUUGUGCUUAACUCGACAGACGCAGCCAAUGAGCCUACAUUGCAGGGUUUGGGUCAGUGAAGGAAUCUGAAAGCUGCAUUGAUGAACUUCCAGCAACAGGGUAGCAAUAGGUGGCAGCAAGGGCCUGGCAAGUUGUCAACGGGGCACUCUGUAAAUGGAUUCCAGGAACAGUUUGAGGGCUCAGAUCAGCAAUCCCUGUUAUAGAAUUCAGAAAAGUACGUUGUCGGUCAGAAAAAAUAACCAAUCGUCUGAAAAUUAGAGUGUAGGUCAGUAGAUAACCAUUUGUGAUUGCUUUGUGUUUAAACAAAGACCUACUUUUUUAUUUUUAGUGAAUGAUUAUUUUAUUUCUUUUUGUCUUUGCAGCAAUGGCAAUGACUGAACAGACCCCAUGCUUCCCUAUGAGCAAUCACACAAAGGAGCGAGUCACCAUGACUAAAAUGACAUUGGAAAACUUCUACAGUAACCUAAUCACCCAACACGAAGAACGGGAACUAAGGUACACACAAUUGCCAUUAUUAUUAUUAUUAUUAUUAUUAUUAUUAUUAUUAUUAUUAUUUAUAUAGCGCCAUCAGAUUCCGUAGCACUGUACAAUGGGUGGACUAACAGACAUGUAAUGGUAACCAGACAACUGGAUGUACAGGAACAAAGAGGUAGAGGGCCCUGCUCAAUGAGCUUACAUUAUAGAGGGGGUGUGGCAUAGUGAUACAAAGGGUAAAAGUAGGGGUACGAAGUAGGUUGUUAGAAAAGCAUUAAUUGAGGGCUUAGUAGGUAAUUUUUGACAGUUGCAGGAGAGAAGUCAUGGGGGGUGGGGGGAUAAAAGCCUGCUAACAGUUUAAUUGAUAUGCUUUCUUGAAGAAGUGAGUUUUCAAUGAUUUUUUUGAAUGAGUGGAGACUGAGUGAAAUUCUUACAGAGAAGGGAAGGGAGUUCCACAGAAGAAGUGCAGCCCUGGAGAAAUUGUGGAGGCGAGCAUUAGAGGUGGGAGUAUGGACAGAGGCUAUACGUAGGUCUUUGGCAGAGCGCGGGGCCUCGCCGGGACAUACUUGUGUAUUACAGAGGAUAGGAGGUUGGAGCAGCAUUAUGUAGGGACUUGUAAGCAAGCACCAAAAUUUUCAAUUGAGCCCUAUAUCGAACUGGAAGCCAAUGCAGGGCCUGAGAGAAGGGGGAGGUGCGAGCGUACAGGAAAAUGAGCCUCGCCGCCGCAUUCAUUAUAGAUUUCAGCGGUGCAAUCUGGGAACACGUAAGACCACUGUGAAGGGUAUUGUAGUAGUCAAGGCGAGAGAGUGAAAAAGAGCAUGGACCAGCACCUUAGCUGCAUCCGGGGUUAAAUAGGGGCAGAUGCGCGCUGUGUUUUUGAGAUGGAAGCGACAUGAUUUGGUGAUUGAUUGGACAUGAGGGGUGAAAGAGAGGUUGGAGUCAAAAAGAACACCCAGGUUGUGAGGUAGAGGUGAUGGUAGCGCCGUUGAUUUGGAGGGAGACACACGGGAGUAGCAACACUUGAAGGAGGAAAGACCAGAAGUUUGUUUUGGACAGGUUGAGUUUAAGGAAAUGAGCAGCCAUCCAGUUGGAAAUCGAAGACUGAUGACUGAUUGUCUGUAGAAUUGGACUUGAAUGCUUAGAAUGAUUCUCACCUCUCUUGUUUUAUGUGAUGUUAUGACCUACUUAUUAAAAUGUUUGUGAAUACAACUGUAUUAUAUGGGGGGCUUGCAGUUGUAUGCUUCUUUAAGAUGUUAUUCCUGUUUUCAGGAAUGUUUUAACUUUUCCUUUUGCAUAAGUACUUACUAUAUACACAUGGCAUGUAGCUUAAUGAAAGAUAUUGUAGUCCUUUUGUUCAUUGUAAAAAAAUGGUAAAAAUGUACUAUGUGCACUUAGAACAAAUGAAUAUAGCUAGAUAAUGUAAUAUUAGUGGUAGACAAAGACCAUAUGGAUGUCAGAUUCUACUGUAACAUAAUGUUCCCUAGCCAGCCAUCAUACGACUGGAAGGCCUGCCUCUAUUGUAUGCUGUGCACUAAUAAUUCAACACAGUUUCUUUUGUCUCAGUGUGUUUUUGUGUUUAUAUGUUAACGAAGAGAUCUGCAUAUGACAGACCAGUCUGUUUUUCAAGUCAUAAAUGCAAAAUACAAAUAGACAUGAAUAACGACUAAAAAAGUGUGUGUGUGUGUGUGUGUUAUUAAACAGAGGAUAUAUCCGGCUGACUUUUAAAAUUCUAGAACUGUAUGUUUAAAAAAAAGUUUAAGGCUAAGCUAUAGAAUUGGAUGUAAAGCAACACUUUCUAAUCAAAUGUCUCUUUUCAUGCACAUUUUGUCUUCACAUUACUACCUCUAUUUGGCUAGAUGCAGCCCUAGCUGUGAGCUUUCUGCUACUCUUUCAUAAUGGGCAUGGCAUGAAUGUGUUCUAAACAUUAAUGUUUUCUCUGGAUGGGGAAGGAAUGUGCUGACGUCAUUAAGGGCUAUAAGCAGAAUACAAAGCCGCUUUCAAAAUCCUUCUGCAGCAGUUAGCCCUUUUAGCACCUUGAGCAUGUGUAGUAAAUUCAGCAAUUAAUAUGCAAAUAUCCUUCAUUACUUUAAUGGCUCUUUACUUUGUUGUAGAAAACAUUUAAGUGUGUAUGUGUGAUUCUCUAAUACAGUGGUUCCCAAACCAGUCCUCAUGGCCCACCAAAAAUCCAGGAUUUAUGUACACCCUGUUUUAUUCCAAUGGAGAUACUGACAAAACCUGGACUGUUGCUGGGUCUUGAGGACUGGUUUGGAAAACACUGUGCUUAGUACAUUGCUGCUCAACAGUAAAUGGUACAUAUUGGAGGCAUGCAACAGAUAGGUUUUAUGAAUUCCUUGUAUUGUCCUUGCUAGCUAUUCCGGGCAGUUUGUUAGAGCUGCUAUAGUAUAUGCUAGAUAAUUCAAUCCUCUGUAGCUCUGCAAAUGUAUAUAGGCAAAGUGUAAUAUGCAGAGAUACAUACAAUUUAUUUAUCUGGUCUUUUGGAUCAGAAUCCAGCAUUGAUUUAAAAAAGUUGUGUUUGAAAACCGUAUACCGUAGCAUUUUUGUCUUUUCUCUAAUUAUGUACAUGUUGUUUUGGUGCUCCACGCAGGAAAUGUAUCAUACAUAAUGACACGGACUGUCUGCAGUGACCCUGUAGGUUUAAAGGGUCUCUCCAGUGCCAGGAAAACAAACUGUUUUCCUGGCACUGCAGGUCCCCUCUCCCUCCCACCCCCCCAUCCCAUGUUGCUGAACGGGUGAAAACCCCUUCAGUGACUUACCUGUACCCAGCACUGAUGUCCCUCGGCACUGGGUUUGGGUCCACCCACACUCCUCCCCCGCCGACGUCAUCCGGCGGGGGUGACCUAUUUUAUGCUCGGCCGGCGGCAGGGGAGACCAUAGCGUGAGGACGUCCAGCGAUGUUCUAUGAACACAGAAGUGUCCUCUAGUGGCUGUCUAUUAGACAGCCACUAGAGGAGGACUUAACCCUUCAAGGUAAAUAUUGCAGUUUAUAAAAACUGCAAUAAUCACACUUGCAGGGUUAAGGGUAUUGGAAGUUGGCACCCAGACCACUCCAAUGGGCAGAAGUUGUCUUGGUGCCUGGAGUGUUCCUUUAACAAUGCAAUUUAAAACAUGGCAGUUUUUUUAGAAUCAGCAAUGUUUGUGUUUAAGAGUUAAACACGUCUGGUGUCUUCUUCCAGCCACUAAUGGUGCUUAGUGUGCAACAUCCGAGUGAAACUUAGUCAUGUGACAUUUGCCGUUUAAUGAGGACGUUGGACAUCCUAUGAGAAGUCUUUGCUUGGAAGUGCGUGUUGCUUGCCUUGCAUGCACAGCCUAUCACCAAUGCCCUUCUAUUAGGAGCAUUGGAUUGGAUGAUUGGUGUAGAAGCGACGCCUCCUGAGGACGUAAUGAAAGGCGGUGCAGCACCGAGGGUGUCUCAAUACUUUCCAUUAUUUCAAUUUAUUUUUUUUCUAAUUGUGAUGGUUCCCUCCCCACCAAUUAUUAGAACAUCUCCAUAACUGCUAUUAUUUAUUUUUUAUUUUUUUAGGCAGAAGAGGCUAGAAAAAGUCAUGGAAGAAGAAGGCUUACGAGAUGAAGAGGUAAUAGAAUGAUAUACCCACAAUAUUGUAUCACAUAAUGAAAUAUAAGCAUCCUUGUAUUAAGUGACAUCUUUUACUUAGUUCUUAUAACAUCAGUGUCCAAAAGAUGCAGUGACUUGCAAGAGCUAAUUUUUCUACGUUUGUUAAAGAAAAUGACACAAAUUACCACAAUGUUGUAAUAUUUAGGCUAAACUCUGGUCUACAUUUUGUAAUCGUGUGUCAGUAUUUCUAUUUAUUAGAUUAAAAAUCUGAUUUAAAAAUCAGAAGAAUGCCAUUGUUAAAGUGGCUCUCUCACAACAAACUUGUCUUUCUCCAAUUUAUUUUUCUCUCCGUCUCUCCUCUCCGUCUCCCUCUCCCUCUCCCUCUCCUCUCCCUCUCCGUCUCCCUCUCCGUCUCCCUCUCCGUCUCCCUCUCCGUCUCCCUCUCCGUCUCCCUCUCCGUCUCCCUCUCCGUCUCCCUCUCAGUCUCCCUCUCAGUCUCCCUCUCCGUCUCCCUCUCCGUCUCCCUCUCCGUCUCCCUCUCCCAUUAGGAAUUGUCUUAUGUAUUGCAAGCACCACUUCAUUUGUCAAGUCCCAUUUUCUCACAAUUCCAACUAUGCAUCAAUUCCAUCUUCUGUCCUCUCUAAUCUUGGUAUCCAUCUUUUUUGUUUUUAAAAUUUUAUUUUUUUAUUUUUUUUUAUUUCACAUGCCCACUUUCUAUUACAUUGGGGAUGAUCAGAAAUGAGGGGGGAAGGGAGGGCAGAAGAAUGCAGUGACCACACCUCACUGCCAGGCUUCUGCAGAUGGCACCGAAUAGGAUCUGAGCCCAGUCACUUAAGAGCUUUUCAAGCUAUCUUGCCACAUUGGGAGUAUGGGAGGAUAUAUAGGUUUGGAGGAAACGAUAAAAAAGAAAACAAAAAAAUGUUGCAUAUGAUUAAGCCUCUUUAAGUUAAUUUAAAAAAAAAAAAAAUGUGAUGGUAACCAAAAAAAGGUAGCUCUGCCUUUUUUUUAAGUGGUGAGAAAUUACAUAUGGCAAAAUAGUCCCUAAUUUGCCUUGUGUAUUUUAGGAGUAUAAAAAAAGAACGGUAGAACAGAUUAGGAGUGAGCAAGAGUAAUAUUUUGAAGUUAAAGGGACACUAUAGUCACCAGAACCACUACAGCUUAAUGUAAUGGUUCUGGAGUCUAUAGCAUGUCACUGCAGUCUUAGCACUGUAAAUGGUGCCUUUUUUAAGGAAAAGGCAGUGUUCACAUUGCUGCCUAGUAACACAUCUGGUGACAGUCACUCAGGUGACCACUAGAGGUGCUUCCUUUUCCAGUGCUGCACAGUGUGCAGCACCUACGUUCAGCGCCUCCAUUCAAUGCAUGAGGAGAUGCGGAUUGGUGCAGCGCAGAGUUUUGCCACAAAGCAUUGGGUUUGCUGAGAUCAUCAAAACUGAUGCUCUCAACCGUGGAGGCGGGGCAAGUUGCCGGCAUGACUGUGGGAAAAGGUACAUUUUUUUUUUUUUAAAACAUCUUUUUAUAUCCACAGAGAAGGGGGCCCGGGACCUAAAUAUGUAUUCCAGCACUAUAGUGUUAGAAUACAUGUUUGCAAUUCUAAAAAUAUAGUGUUCCUUUAAGUUUAAGGUUACAGAGCUGCUUCCAGUGAGGGUGCUCAGGCUGCUGUGUGGAGUAUCUUCUGAUGUUGGAUUAUAGGUAACUUUAAUUGUGGUUUUAGGCAAUUUAAAAACAAAUCUAAAUAGGUUAAAACACUCUUCUACAAAAAAAAGGUAAAUAAUGUUAUAAUUUAAACAGAUUAUUAGUUUAUUUGUAGCUACCUUAAUAUGUAAGAAAUCAAUUUCUUAUUUUUAAUUUUAUUUAUUUUUUGGUAGAAAAAAAUGCGAAGGUCAGCACAUGCACGAAAAGAGACUGAAUUUUUACGACUCAAAAGAACGAGGCUAGGACUGGAGGAUUUUGAGUCCCUUAAAGUGAUUGGGAGAGGAGCUUUUGGAGAGGUAUGGUAGUAGCAUGCAUGCUUUAAUGCUCAUGUUGUGUGAACUACUUACUCACAGGCUAUUUGAACAUAUGGUUGGGAUUCUUUACAAGCUAAUAAGCAUAUACCACUUGUUCAUUUUUGUUAAAGUGUAGUAACCUUCAUAAAUGAUGCUGUGUGUUUGGAGUAAGUUACAACGUUAUAUUUGUUAAAAAGAGACUGAAGUCAAUCAAGUUGAACCUUAAGUAAGAGUAUAUGUAAAAUCCACUUGCUCAUUCAUGCUGUAAUAGUUAUAGAGCUUUGCAGUUUUAAUUAAAGUGUUACUUCAAUCAACAUGACCAUUUCGGUGGUUUGAAAUCAUUACGGUUCCUCAAGUCUAUGUUCAGAGUCUCACUUUAAAACACGCUGUUGGAUUAACUCCACUUCCGGAAGUGUCAUAGGGGGCGUCAUUAGCCUGUCUGGCUAAUGAUAAUUCUGAUUGCAUUUAUUGGCUGAAAGCUGAUGGUCUUCAUGAAUGUAGACUGGAUCAGCUUUUACAGCUUUGCAGAAGCCCUAAGAGCAUCUUCUGGUUAGGCAGCAGCCUCAGGGACCCAGGGAAGGGGGCAAUACGUUUAGCAACAUUACAGGUGGCUGCACCAGAGUACAUAACCACUAAUGCGGGCUUGGAGUAGCACUUUAAUAUUAAUCUCUACAUUGCUGUUAUUUCAUGCAUGCAUUCAAACAGAGCCCCCAUUGAACUGCUAAAAUUCAAGUUGCUGGGGAAUUGCUAAAGUUCUCUCGGCCCGAGUAUUCCUUGAAGUCAAUGUGGGUUCAGUGGUGCCAAAUUAAUGAUCAUAAGUGAAUCCUUUUCACAUAAUUUUACUGAAGCAAGCAGUCAUUAAAAUUCACAUUUCAUGUUUUAUUUAGUGAAUUUUAAAGGGAUAGUUGUAUGCAUUUAUAUAUGAAAGUUACAUGGUGACUUCCAAUAUGUUUAAUAAAGGGAGUCGGUAAAUGUACAGAUGAGCAGAUAUUUAGCAUUUUUAUUACAUCUAUUACUUCCAGCUCUAGCUGCGUACUAUCCUCACAGACGUGCAGACACGUAUGCAUGUACCUUGGCAUCCUUUGCUAGAGAGCUUUUGACUUAGGACAUAGUUCAAAGCAUGUAUAAUAAGAGUGAGAAUCUGCACUCAACAAGAGUUAAUAUAUCGGUGGCACUAAAAUUUGUUUAUAACGUUCAAAAAGCACUUUUUUUUUUUUUUUGUCUAUGUAAAAGGAAGAUGUGUAAAAUAUGAGUGUGUGUGUGUGUGUGUAUAUAUAUAUAUAUAUGUGUGUGUGUGUGUAUAUAUAUAUAUAUAUAUAUAUAUAUAUAUAUUGAGAAAAAUUAUAUUUGGAAAUGAACUGCCACUCAGCACGUAUUCACUCAAUAGACAGACAGGAUUAGUUGAUUUUGUGCAGACUGCUUGGGAUCAGAUAUCUUUAAGUCUAUCACCUUUUUAUUGCAGUGGUUUUUUUUUUUUCUUCUUGCACUGUACUGGUGACUUGCUGUUAUCUGUACUAUCUUUGUGAAAGAGUGCAAGAAAAUAGCUUCUAAAAUGUAGAAACCAUCUAUCACAUAUAGAAAGCAGACUGUCAAAGUGAUAUUUAUUCCAAAAUAUGCACAUUCUUUUCUUUAAUGGAUUCACACUUGAUAAUAGAUUAUGUAACUUGUUUGUCCGCAUUCUAAAUUUUAAGUAUUUUCUUUCUUUGAUUUAACUCAUGCAGUUUGAAUACUUAAGCACAUUAAGAAAAAUGAAGUCAAAAUCAUUUUCAAUGUUAUUUUACUCAACUUAGAAACACUGCUGUAGAGCAAAAGUGAUAAACGGUUGAUGUGAAAACCCCCAACAAACCCAAAACAUUUUUUACCAUGUAAUGCCAAUUAUUAAACAAGUGGCUGGUGCUUUACACGAGAUGAAUGCAAAGGUAAUUGUAAAGCCCUGCUGAAUAAUUUGAAUGUAUAGUAAAUACGAACAAUAAGUCAGGGAAGCCAUUGCUUUAAUUUUCAUACAAUACAUAUUACGCAUAGAGUGCCAGUUUGGAAAGAUAGCAAACUGCACAAAUCUGAACCUCCCAUGCAAAAUAUCUGUGACUAUUACUUUUGGUCGCGUUUGCCAAAUGUAUAUCUCUUUAAAGAGGAGUUGUUGCCAAAAGUUACCAAUUUUAAAUUUUUUGCAAAGAAAUGACAAAGUUUAAACGUCAAAAAUUUUGUGAAUUGCUCAAUCUGUUUAUGUUCAUGGACUGCAGUCUACUUCCUUAAAAUUAAUGGUUCCUUUAUCUCCUUUCUUUAUUGUAGGUCAGACUGGUUCAAAAGAAAGACACUGGACAUGUAUAUGCAAUGAAAAUAUUACGUAAAUCGGACAUGCUGGAAAAAGAACAGGUAAUCUGUCCGUCUAGGUGAUAUUGAUUCUCCCUCUUAGUUACAAUUUUUUAUAUCUUCAGCUUCUGUAAUAUAAACGGCAAUUGAGCAACUGCACAUGUUUAAAUUAUAGUGGGAAUUUUACUUUUGUGGCCUACAGACUGGGGUAGCUAAACCUCCCAUCCAUACAGCAGAGCAAAAAGGUGUCUGGGAAAACGCAUGUUAUUUAAAGCAGACUUUUUUAUUAGAAGUGCCAAUAUUUUGGCUCUACAUUUGAGCCUAUUUCAAGCCAUAACAUUCUCACUGUACCAUAGGCUUGAGGGAGGCUCAAAUGUAUAGCUUAAACCUUGCUGUUCCUUUCUUUGCUCAGCUUCUGUUAAACAUGAAAAUAUUCUGUUAAGCUACUUUUUAUGGUCUUUGUUUAGAUACAGUAUUUUCUAUGUGAGUCUUGUAUUUCAUUAUAAAUUAUUUAUUAGCCAAUAUUAAAAUGAUCAGUUAAAUGUAACUGGCAGUAUCUUGUCUGCCAUACCUCUCAAGUGUCAUUAUUCUGGUGCCACACUACUAAAAUGAAAUUUAUUCUACUUUUGUCAAUCUGAAAUGUUGGGUAGCGUGGUCUUCCUUUUUAGUAGACACGGAAUCUGUUGGCUUGAUAUUUUGUGUGAAAUUUUGUAUUACUUAGUUAUAUACACAUAGGUUUCUUAAUGAUAUACCAAAUGGGUGAGCUAGAAAGGUAAAAAAAUAAAUUAUUACAAUUCAUUAGAACGUAGGGUGGGAAAUAAAAAAUGCGCAAAUAUAUGCUGUUCAGCAGGUUCUGUUACUUACUGGUUUGGUUAGCUCAGUGACACUAAACUCAAGAGGCCGCAAUUGCACACAGCACCUGCCUUACAAAAAACUUCUUAUUGAGCUGCAUUGGAAGGUCUGUGAAUGGACACAGUCUGGGCAGUGUUAGAAAGGGAAGGUUUUCAAAAGCUGCAGAAGAGAGAUCGGCAGGUUUUGCAGACAGUCUUUAGAUUUACCCUCAAUGAAAAGAUGCAUAAUUCAAUACAUUCAAGUCUCCAUUUGGUGUAUAUCUACCAAACAGUGAUUCUUUAUUUUAUAUUCGGCUAGUGGAGUUUCCAUUUAAGCAUUUGAAUGUCAUUUUCCCUAGUAAAUGAUUAAAAAGAUACGCCUGUUUUUUCAUUGUGGAUAUUAUUAUUUUUUUCUAAGUUCAGAAUUAUUACUAAAUCAUUUAUUUCUAUAGUGUAAGUAGAUCCUGACACACUGAUAGAGAAGGUUUGUAGAGCCUGUUUACAAUCUGAAAGUGAGUUUUACUUGCCCUUUCUUGCGAACUUGUUUAUCAGGUUAGUUUAAUUCAGAUCACAGCAAGCUACAUUUCUCUAAAAACUGUACCACAAAAAAAAUAAACACUGAUUACUAGGAAUGUCUAACAAGUUCUGCAAUAAUGUCAAGCAAAAAUUAUUUAUCUGAGUGAAACACCCCCUACAGCACAGCUACAGAUUUGUUGUUGCUAUAUGUGCAAACUCAGGACUAGAUUAUUCUGGGACAUCAUGGGUGUAGAAAUGGAAAAAGAAAACCAGUAAAAAAAUAAAUAAAAAUAAAUAAAAAAACACUGCUUGACUACGCUAUUAAAGUGGUAACCAAACCUACUUGCCCUGACACACAAAAUAAAUUUAAAGGAACACUAUAGUCACCCAGACCACUUUAUCUCAAUUACUGUAUGUUUCAGCUCAUUAGAUAUGCUUUCUUAAAGGGACACUAUAGUCACCUGAACAACUUCAGCUUAAUGAGGUUGUUCAGGUGAGAACUAUGGCUCCCUGCAGCCUUUCUCAUGUAAACACUGUAUUUUCUGAGAAAAUACAGUGUUUACAUUGAAAGCUAGGAACACUUCCAGUUGCAGUCACUCACAGUGAACCAGAGGGACUUCGGAGUUGCUGUGCACGAGCAUCCUGUGAUUCAGUGUCUCCUCCCUCUGCAUGCAGACACUGAACUUUCCUCAUAGAGAUUCAUUGAUUCAUCUCUAUAUGAGGAGAUGCUGAUUGGCCAGGGUGGUGUUUGAAUCAUGCUGGCUCUGCCCUUGAUCUGCCUCUUUGUCCGUCUCAGCCAAUCCUAUGGGGAAGCACUGUGAUUGGAUCAGGCUACCACUUCUGAUGAUGUCAGCAGACUGCUUGUUUUUCCUGAGUCUAACAGCAUGCAGAUUUACAGCUUCUGGCUUGAAUACAGUAAGAUUUUUACUAUAUUUAUGGAGGCAUGAGGGGCCCAGGGGGGCUAGAUUGUCGUGUUAACACUAUAGGGUCAGGAAUACGUAGUUGCGCUGGUGACUAUAGUGUCCCUUUUAAGCUCGUAAAAGCUUAAUAGGAAUAAAGCUUCCUUGACAAUUUUGUGUGCCCGAUCAUCUGUUUAUUUUUACCCCAUUUAAAAAAUAAUACUUUUGCUGCAAAUGCCAAGGUUUUCCAGUUUCUACUGUGCUGCCUGCUGUUCUCUCGGGCAGUCCUGUCCCUUCUGUUAUUUUCAUUGGGAACACUGUACAGGAAUAAAUAGGAUGUGUAGUUUAGUUGACUUAUUUCUAUUUAAAAACACGCACGCGCGCCACAUGGUAGUUUUUAUUAACUGUAAAGUAGGUCCAUUUGUGUGUUUCAUGAAUGUAAUUGAAAUUGCUGUCCAUUCUUUCUCUAGCUGCUCCUCGUCACUUUCUCCUGGAAAUGUUAGUUAAGAGGGUGGAGAUGAGGUACAUCUGCUCCCUCAAACCAUACAAAACCAUGAAAACAUUUAAAAUAAAAAAUUGUGUUUCGUGGGAAGAGAUGUAUUCUUGCACUGGGGUCCAUGGAUAAAGUUUAUAGAGCAUGUGUAUGUUUGUGAAUUGACAGUGUCAUUUGGCAUUAAAUUCACAUUUCCUCUUUCACCAUGAGUUGGGCUUCUGUGUGAAGUGUACAGUGUGUGCAGUAAUGUUUUGGGAGCUUACUGAUGAAAAGGAAGUGGUAAGAUGGGUGUAACCGCCUAACAUAUGUCUUCUCAUUGAAUGUUUCACAACACAAACAAACUGUUCUCUUCCAAGACAAAACAUGAGAUAUAAUCACCCAUUAGACGGAAAUUACAUUAUAAUGUUCAAUCUACGUCCCCUUGCUUCUGUAUACUGGAGUUUGAAGAUAGAUUUAUUUUAUUUUAUUUUUUAAAUCAAAGAAACUUCAUUUUGAGAAAGCAGCAUAUUUUGAGGGGGGAUUAGAGGGGAACUUUCACUUCAGGGGAUUUUACACCAUUGAAUAAAGUACCUAUUAUUUCAGGUUUUUUUUUUGUUUUGUUUUUUUCUCUCAUUUGGUGCUUUGAUUUUCUUUUAAAUUUAUAUAAAAGGUUUAGCUAAUUAUGGUACAUUCUAAUGUAUUUCUGACAAGGCAAACACAGGGCAAACAUUGCAAGUGACAAGGAAAACUAGAAAUAUAUUGUUUGAAUUCUCCUUUUCUCUGUAAAUGGACUGUCAGAUGCAAAGCACACAUCUUAUAAUAUUGACAGUCAUAUAAGAUGGAGACACCCAGUUACAGGAUAAAGGUGUGGAUAUAUACACUGAACAAAAUCUAUAAAUGCAACACUUUUGUUUUUGCCCCCAUUUUUCAUGAGCUGAACUCAAAGAUCUAAGACUUUUUUACAAAUCUGUCUAAAUCGGUGUUAGUGAGCACUUCUCCUUUGCCGAUAUAAUCCAUCCACCUCACAGGUGUAGCUUAUCAAGAUGCUGAUUAGACAGCAUGAUUAUUGCACAGGUGUGCCUUAGGCUGGCCACAAUAAUAGGCCACCCUAAAAUGUGCCGCUGUGCGGUGGAUGGAUUAUCUCUGCAAAGGAGAAGUGCUCACUAACACAGAUUUAGACAGACUUUUGAACAAUAUUUGAGAGAAAUAGGCCUUUUGUGUACAUAGAAAAAGUGGGGACAAAAACAAGUGUUGCGUUUAUAAUUUUGUUCGGUGUACAUUUAGUCUUUAGAGGUUUUUAAAAUAAAUACAUAUUUCAAAUAGGGAUGAGGAAAGAUACUUGAAGAAAAUGUUUGUUUGUUUUUUCUCUCUGAAGUGAGUUCAUCUUUAAAGCUAACGUAGAAUAUAAAGUUUGUGUUACUACGAUCUAUAUAUAUAUCUUGCACACCCAUUUCAUAUUCUAGACAAGUAAGUUUGGAUUAUUCCUAUGUAACAUCAACUGCAAAUGUUAGAAUACAGUAGCUAUAUGAGAUUGUUUGAUACACUCGAAAUUGUAAGAAUGGAACUAAAUAGGCUAAAAAUAUUACACAAUUUAAAAAAACAGCGAACCUGGAGAUUUUAUUUUCCGUGUAGCUAAUUUGGGCUAAAAUAAGGAGUUUCCUGAAUUGCUGAAUAACCCCAGUUAUUUUGUACUUAUGUUUCUUAAAUUAUGAUUCACAGACCAAUAUACCAACAAAUUCAAAUAAUUAUAUUAACUCCUGUAAUGCAAAGCACUUAAAGCCAGAGACCCAGAGUCCAUGUUUCACUGGAUGAUGGCAAAUGAGUACAGUUUUCUUGUAACAUAGGGUGCAAAGCUGGAUGGCAAAAAGGACAAUAUGUUGUAUUUUCCUGUAAGCCAGGAGCGAAAGGUUUUUAUUCACGGAGUCCGGACCAUAUAA